AUGCUGCCAGCGUGGCAGUCGGCAACUACAGCGAUGCUGCCAGUGUGGCAGUCGGCGACGCAAGCGAUGCUGCUAGCGUGGCAGUCGGUCGCGCGAGCAAUGCUGCUAGCGUGGCUGUCGGCAACGCAAGCGAUGCUGCUAGCGUGGCAGUCGGUGGCGCGAGCGUGGCUGUCGGCGGCUACACCGAUGCUGCCAGUUUGGCUGUCGGCAUCGCGAGUGACUGCCAGCGUGGCAGUCAGCGACUUAGGCGGUGCCGCCAGCGUGACAUUCGGCGACGCGAGCGCGGCUGUCGGCAACGCAAGCGAUGCUGCUAGCGUGGCAGUCGGUGGAUCGAGCGUGGCUGUCCCCGGCUACACCGAUGCUGCCAGCGUGGCUGUCGGCAUCGCAAGUGAUGCUGCCAGCGUGGCAGUCGGCGACUACAGCAAUGCUGCCAGUGUGACAGUCGGCAUCGCGAGUGAUACUGCCAGCGUGGCAGUGGGCGACUACAGCGAUACUGCCAGCGUGGCAGUCGGUAACGCAAGCGAUGCUGCUAGCGUGGCAGUCGGUGGCAAGAGCGUGGCUGUCCCCGGCUACACCGAUGCUGCCAGCGUGGCAGUCGGCGACUUCAGCGGUGCUGCCAGCGUGGCAGUCGGCGACUACAGCGAUGCUACCAGCGUGGCAGUCGGUAACGCAAGCGAUGCUGCCAGCGUGGCAUUCGGCGACGCGAGCGUAGCUGUCGGCAACGCAAACGAUGCUGCUAGCGUGGCAGUCGGUUGCGCGAGCGUGGCUGUCCCCGGCUACACCGAUGCUGCCAGCGUGGCUGUCGGCAUCGCGAGUGAUGCUGCCAGCGUGGCAGUCGGCGACUACAGCGAUGCUGCCAGCGUGGCAGUCGGCAACUACAGCGAUGCUGCCAGUGUGCCAGUCGGCGACGCAAGCGAUGCUGCUAGCGUGGCAGUCGGUCGCGCGAGCAAUGCUGCUAGCGUGGCUGUCAGCGACACAAGCGAUGCUGCUAACGUGGCAGUUGGUGGCGCGAGCGUGGCUGUUGGCGGCUACACCGAUGCUGCCAGUUUGAAUGUCGGCAUCGCGAGUGAUUCUGCCAGCGUGGCAGUCAGCGACUACAGCGUUGCUGCAAGCGAGGCAGUCGGCGACACAAGCGAUGCUGCUAGCGUGGCAGUCGGUUGCGCGAGCGUGGCUGUCGUCGGUUACACCGAUGCUGCCAACGUGGCUGUCGGCAUCGCGAGUGAUGCUGCCAGCGUGGCAGUGGGCGACUACAGCUAUACUGCCAGCGUAGCAGUCAGCAACGCAAGCGAUGCUGCUAGCGCGGCAGUCGGUGGCGCGAGCGGGACUGUCGGCGGCUACACCGAUGCUGCCAGCGUGGCUGUCGGCAUCGCGAGUGAUGCUUCCAGCGUGGCAGUCGGCGACUUCAGCGGUGCUGCCCGCGUGGCAAUCGGUAACGCAAGCGAUGCUGCUAGCGUGGCAGUCGGUGGCGCGAGCGGGGCUGUCAGCGACGCAAGCGAUGCUGCUAACGUGGCAGUCAGCGACUACAGAGAUGCUGCCAGCGUGGCAGUCGGCGACUACAGCGAUGCUGCCAGCGAGGCAGUCGGCGACACAAGCGAUGCUGCUAGCGUGGGAGUCGGUGGCGCGAGCGUGGCUGUCGUCGGCUACACCGAUGCUGCCAGCGGGGCUGUCGGCAUCGCGAGUGAUGUUUCCAGCGUGGCAGUCGGCGACUACAGCAAUGCUGCCAGCGAGACAGUCGGCAUCGCAAGUGAUGCUGCCAGCGUGGCAGUCGGAAUCGCAAGUGAUGCAGCCAGCGUGGCAGUCCACGACUACAGCGAUGCUGCCAGCGAGGCAGUCGGCGACACAAGCGAUGCUGCUAGCGUGGGAGUCGGUGGCGCGAGCGUGGCUGUCCCCGGCUACACCGAUGCUGCCAGCGUGGCAGUCGGAAUCGCAAGUGAUGCAGCCAGCGUGGCAGUCCACGACUACAGCGAUGCUGCCAGCGAGGCAGUCGGCGACACAAGCGAUGCUGCUAGCGUGGGAGUCGGUGGCGCGAGCGUGGCUGUCGUCGGCUACAUCGAUGCUGGCAGCGUGGCUGUCGGCAUCGCGAGUGAUGUUGCCAGCGUGGCAGUCGGCGACUACAGCAAUGCUGCCAGGGGAGGCAGUCGGCGACACAAGCGAUGCUGCUAA